AUGACCAAGGUGGCGCCGGCGCGGAGUGUCUUGGGCAUCACCAAAGACGGUCUGCGCAACAUCAACGUCGACCAGAUGAUGGAGUCCAAUGCCCUCGCCGACCUCGGCGGCAUCGACGGCCUGGCCAAGAAGCUCUGCGUCAAUCUGGACUUUGGCCUCUCGAGCAACGAAGCGUCCCAAGGCUUUGCCGACCGCCGCAGCGCGUUUGGCGCCAACCUAUUUCAAGACACACCGUCCACGUCUGAUUUAGCACUCGUAUUCGAGACGCUCAAGGACACGACGAUCCUUGUCCUUCUUGCUGCCGCGAUCGCAUCGACCAUCACGGGGUCCAUCGAAGACCCGAGAAGAGGCUGGACCGAAGGCGUGACCAUCAUGAUUGCUGUCCUCCUCGUCGGUCUCGUCAGUGCCACGUCCAACUAUGCAAAAGAAAAGCAAUUCCGAGCGCUCAGCGCCAAGAACGACGAGUUCACGUCAAGGUGCUAUGACGCGGUCCUCGUCACCGACAUCAACGUUGGUGACAUUAUUGUACUGGAAAACGGCGACCGGAUUCCGGGCGACGCCGUCUUUGUCCGCGGCCAAGACUCACGCUGGGGCCGCAUCAAGUCCAAGCUUAUCCGUGCCGAGCGACCGACACCGCUCAAGGACAAGCUCGAGGACAUGGUCAAGAUCAUCAGGUACGGCGGCAUCUUCGUUGCUGUCGCCACCAUGCUCGUGACCAUCCUUCUUUUGCAAUGUAUCAAAGUAUCGACUCAGAUUUGGGUAAAUGCGAUAUUCGUGGGCUGGACCGACUGCAUCGCCUUUAUCAUUGGCGUCACAAUCAUCGUUGUCGCGAUUCCCGAGGGCCUUCCGCUCGCCGUGACCAUCUCGCUGUCGUACUGGACCAAGAAAAUGCUACUCGACCACAAUCUCCGCAUUCGCGUCCUCGCUGCGUGCGAGACCAUGGGCAACGUCACGAGCAUUUGCAGCGACAAGACGGGCACGUUGACGGAGAAUCGCAUGACGGUCGUGUCGCUUUGGGUCAGCCAUGGUGCACCGCUGCUCGACGCACUCGAGAUCGGCGCCAGUUUUCUCGACGAGCUCAGCGUCAACGGCGCCCUCUUGCUCUGGCUCCAAUCGUGCAAGGUUGCGUAUGCAAGUGUGCGCGCGGCCCACUUCAAGCCCCCUGGUGGCCACAUGUUUUCCUUCUCGUCCGAGCGCAAGACCAUGAUCAUUUGGCGCCCGAACGGCACCUACCGCCUUUUUAGCAAGGGUGCGGCCGGAAUUGUGCUUGAGCGCUGCAGCACCAUGCUCACGUUCCAGCGCACUGAGGUGCUGUUGUCACCAUCGACGCUUCAUAAUUUUUUCAUGUGCUGUCGCUAG